AUGGAAGCUGGAACGCGAGAGGAACGGCUGCAGAUGCGGCAGCGCGGAGCUGGAACGCGCAAAAUAAAAGAAGUGAAUUUUGGAUUCUCAUUUGGGGGACCUGCGCUUGGUCUCCCAGAUUCUAAUGCUUCUGCGACACCUACCGAACCUGAGGAGCGAUCAGAAGCAGCUCCUACCACAACGCCCAAUGCCUCGCAAUCCGAACCCACGGUCGCAACACAUUCGCAGCGUACCCCAGGGAGUGCGCGCAAUCAACUUCCUGCCCGCCCUUCGCCAUAUGAUGUACCUCUUGAUGAUGGGCCUAUGCGCCCAUGGAGCAACAAGCGAAGAAAGAUCAGUAUGUGGAAUAGAACCGUACCUCCAGAUGCUACAACUGCGGCACCCGAAAUAUCACCGCAAGAUACUAUCUUGCCAGAUGCCCAACACCUUAUGCCUUCACCGACCGAACCGUUACCGGUUGAACCGACUAUAGCGGGGAACACACAAGGGGAGUCGGAGGCUACACCAUUAUCGGCACACGAGCAAGAAUCUGGAAAAGGUGUGCCGGACAACCCUGGGGUGACGGCGCCUAUAUCCAUUCCAGAUGACGCGCUUCGUGGCCAGACAGUCCCAUUGAAUACUGUAACAGACGAGACACAGCUGCCGGCCGAGGAAACCGGGCCAUCAAGGAAGACCAAGCGCAAAGCUCGGCCGGCAGCGGAAAUGGAACACACGACUGCCCGUUCGGAGCAGCCAAGAUCAAAGGGGAGGCCGCGGAAGUCUACUUCGCCAGCUGCCAAUAAAGAUCAAAAGGCGCAAAAGAAGCAAUCCUCGCAGAACAGCGCGAAUGAUUCCCAGGAAGCUAGCAUCGAUGCCCCAAUGACCCUUACCGAGCGCGGCAAUGCACCUAUCUCUACCGGAGAGCAAGAAACCCAAAGGUCUAAUGUAAAAUCGAAACAGACUACGAAGCGCAAGGGGAAAAGUGGCACAAACAGCCGCGAGCCACCGCAUGUGGAGGAGCCUGCGCCAGAACCGGAGCUAGAGCCAGAGCAACAGGAAGUCAGGUCGAAGCCCAUCUCGGAAGCUAAACGCCCUCGAGGGCGGCCAUCUCUUAGUGGGAAAAAGGGCAACGUGUCAGAAAAAAGCGCUCAGCCAACGAAUCCAACCAACGGUGUAGGCUUCACAAGGGAGCCGUCUGCGAGCAAUCCUCGCCGCGGCAGAAAGAAGGCGAAGAUAUCCCAGUUGCCCGAUCCUCUACCUGGAAAAUCUGCGGAACCAGAGCAGGAGCCUGCCUCCGAAGCAGAGCCCGAAGCUGAGGUGUCAGCCGGGCUAUCAGAAUCCCGGCAUGGAAGGUCCAACAAGAACGACCAAAGACCAAGUGAACAAGAACCCGAGUCGCAACCAGUGCCUGAGCCAGCAAGAGGUCAACGAAGAGGACGACCCAAGAAGACCAAGCGCCCGGCCGAGCAGGGCUCACCAGACGCAGAAGAGCCUACAGAAGCGGUUGCUAGGGAGACAAACCGAAAGCAUCGGGAGCCCCGGGGCGAAACCGUUCCUGUCACAGUGCACCGGUUGGCCAAUGUAUCUGCACUUGGUUCGAUUUACACGUCCCGUGGCUCUGGAGACGAAGACGAAGAAUCUGCAGACGAGCUCUCCACACGCCAUAAGACCCGACUGCCCAAUCGCGGCGGUGUCAAUCCUGCCGAUGUUUUGAGUCAAAUCUGCCGCGAGACGCUGGAGAAAACCUUAACAACACUCAAAGAGGGUAUUGCCAACGAGACAAACCCCACCCGACGAGCUGAAUGGACGCGCAAGCGGAAAGCUGUCGAGGCUUUUGGCUCGGAGCUCGAUGGUCGUCUGUUGGAUCUCAGCGAGAUGCUCGACAGCAACUUCGUCCUUGGCAUGCAGCUUAAGAAAGGGAAACGAGACAUGAUGGAUAUGCGAAGCCAUCUGUACAAGAUCCGGCGAGAGCGCGAGCAUAUUGCGUUACAAAUGGAUGCAGUGCGUGAAAAGCACAGGGAAGAGGAGAAUGCGAAGACAGUGAGUAUUUCCACCCAUGGGCCUCUGGGCCUUGAGUUUGCGUACCUAGCAACAUCUAACGCCCGCUCCACGAUCAACAAUUCCCUCCACAGCCUGGAUCUCGCACUUGAUCGUAGCCAGAACAAGACAUCUUCAGGUUCAGAUCCUUCCUUCGCCGAUCUCGAGUUCAUGCUCCGCAGUGUGGCCGACGAUGUGAGCAGCCAGGGCCCUGGCGCUCGGGGGGGGUCUGCUGAACCAGAUACGUGCUUUCAAUGCGCAAUUGGAGGCUACAGCGCGCCAGCUAGAGGGGUAAGGGUGAUGUACAGGCACAUUUUGUGGAGAUUGAUUUAG